AUAUUGACAUCGCAUUACGGUGUCUCAUAAUCAGUUUACAUUUCAUAAGAUCGAUAAUAACAAUUGUGAAUUAACAUGACUUCAAUAACGAAAGAUACAUUAGUGAAAUUACAGAAAAAUGUGAAAUCAAUUCGGAAUAUUUGCAUUUUGGCUCAUGUAGAUCAUGGCAAAACAACGUUGGCAGAUUCGCUCGUCGCCAGCAACGGUAUUAUCUCACAACGCAUGGCCGGCCAAAUGCGAUAUAUGGACAGCAGACCUGAUGAGCAGGAACGAGGAAUCACAAUGAAAAGUAGUUGUAUAUCGUUAUUGUUCAAUGAUUUUCGUGGAUCAAAGGAAAAUUUCAUUAUCAAUUUAAUUGAUUCGCCUGGUCAUGUGGAUUUUUCCAGUGAAGUUUCGACGGCUGUGCGAUUAUGUGAUGGUGCCAUUGUUUUGGUUGAUGUUGUCGAAGGUGUUUGUCCGCAAACUCGAAUUUGUCUGAAACAGGCGUACAUUGAAAAUCUCAAACCAAUACUUGUGUUAAACAAAAUUGAUCGAUUAAUUUUAGAAAAGAAACUUACCCCACUCGAUGCCUACGUGCACAUUUUGCAAGUUCUUGAACAAGUGAAUGCAGCAAUGGGCAAUAUUUUUGCUUCGGACGUAUUGCUCAAAGAAGUUAAAACGAGUAAUAACGAUCAGAUUUCUGCUUUGGAAGACUGCGAUGAUUCUGCGAUAUAUUUUACACCAGAAAGUGGAAAUGUCCUGUUUUCAUCGGCCAUCGACGGUUGGGCUUUUCGUAUUCGAGACUUUGCUGAGGUAUAUGCAAGCAAGCUAAAUAUUUCUGUUGAUAAAUUGGAGCAGGUAUUGUGGGGUGAUUAUUACUACAAUACCAAAAAGCAGGAGUGUAUGAAAGGUGCACAAGAGAAAGCGAAAAAACCAAUGUUCGUGCAGUUCGUAUUGGAAAAUAUAUGGAAUUUGUAUGAGUUGAUUGCCGUGCGAAAAGAUAAAGAGAAAAUCCCAGACAUCGCUGAGAAAUUGGGUAUUAAAAUAACAACACGAGAUUUACGUUCGACCGAUCCAAAAGUGCAUAUUCAAUCAAUUUUUUCACAAUGGUUACCACUUGAACGAACUUUACUUGAAAUGGUAGUACGUUUAUGUCCCCACCCCGGAAAACUAUCCGACGAAAAAGCAACGCAAUUGAUGUGCUCACUAAAUCAAAAUUUUGAAGCACUUCCAACACAAACACAAGCAUUAAAAACCGAGUUCAUGAAUUCCAGUGCUGAAAGUGAGACUGUGAUUGCCUAUAUUUCGAAAAUGAUUGCAGUAAAUAAAUCAGUAUUACCGGAAAAUAAACCAAAACCACUAACACGCGAGGAAAUUGAACGAAGACGUGAAUUGGCAAAACAAAGGUUACAACAAAGAAAUAACGAAUUGGAAGCAAAAUUAGCCGGUAUUUCAUUGGAUGACACAAAUUCAAGUGAAAAUAAAAAAGAAGAUGAAACUAAAGAUAAGGAUCAAGUCGAUGAAAUUCCAAAGGAUGAGGACGAUAACAUUUUCAUUGCAUUCGCCCGGGUGUAUAGUGGAACGCUGAAAAAAGGCUCAAAAAUCUAUGCAUUGACACCGAAACAUGAUCCCAGUUCGAUUGUUGAUCUGGCCGACCCAACGUCAUCGCCAUACGUUAAAGAAGUAACCAUCGAAAAUUUGUACAUGUUAAUGGGCAAGGAAUUGGAAGAGUUGGAAGAAGUGCCGGCCGGCAACAUUGUUGGCAUCAAAGGAUUGCAAGAGCAAGUGUUGAAAACGGCAACCUUAUCGAGCAAUCCAUUUUGUUCGUCAUUUUGUGAUUUAACUAUAAUGGCCACUCCAAUUUACCGUGUUGCCGUGGAACCAAAAAACAUCACCGAUUUACCGAAAUUGAAAAAAGGAUUAAAACUACUAAAUCAAGCUGAUGCCUGUGUUCAGGUAAUUGUCCAAGAAAAUGGUGAACAUGUUUUGGUGACAUUGGGCGAAGUUCAUUUGGAGCGAUGUGUUUACGAUUUGGAGCGUGAAUACGCAAAAUGCGCAAUAAAUGUGUCGCUGCCAAUAGUACCGUUGCGAGAAACAAUUGUAAGACAAGCCAAACUUGAUAUGGUGAAUGAAGAGAUUGUUUUGACCGCCGAAGAAAAGAAAGCAGAUAAAAGUGUUGUAAUUCACACGGCAAAUCAACAAUGUUGUAUUAAAAUGGUGGCGCUUCCAUUGCCAAAAAAUGUUAUUGAUUUAAUUGAAUCAAACUAUGAACUUUUGAGAUCAGCUACACAGAUUAUUGAUUUAAGCGAUCGCACAAAGAAUCGGCUUAAAGAAUUCCGUGAACAGCUUGCGGUGGCAUUUAAAGAAAAUGGCCAAGAUCAAGACAUUUUCCAACGAAACGAUUUAAUUGAUUUAAUUUGGUCAUUUGGACCGAAAAAGUGCGGCACAAAUAUUUUAAUCAAUUUAACCGAUUUUAAACAUCAACAUGUUUGGAGCUCAUUUGACGGAACGGCCAAAUCGAAUUUGAAUGAUGGAUCGGGCCGAGAUGCAAGAUAUGAUUUGGAAAAUUCACUUUUGAACGGAUAUCAAUUGGCAACAGCAGCUGGACCGCUGUGCGAAGAGCCAAUGCACGGCGUUUGCUUUUUGGUCGAGGAGUGGGUCAUAAAUGAGAAUGAUGAGUCUAGUUUGUCAAUUGGAUCGAUUGCCGGUCAACUUAUAUCACUAAUUAAAGAUGCGUGUCGCAAAGCCUUUCAAAAUCAACCACAACGCUUGGUCACACCCAUGUACAGCUGCUCAAUUAUCGUUUCAAAUGAAGUUUUAGGUAAAAUGUAUGCGGUGAUUGGAAAACGAAAUGGAAAAAUUCUAUCAGCUGAUUUGAUGCAAGGAAGUGGCACGUUUAUUAUAAAGGCCAUUCUCCCUGUCAUUGAAUCCUAUAAUUUUUCACAGGAAAUACGUAAACAGACAUCUGGUCUUGCAUAUCCACAGCUCAUGUUUAGCCAUUGGGAAACCAUCGAUAUUGAUCCCUAUUGGAUACCAUCAACGGAAGAGGAAUAUUUACAUUUUGGCGAAAAAUCCGAUUCACAGAACCUGGCCAAACUUUACAUGGACUCGGUGCGCAAACGAAAAGGACUAUUUGUCGAAGAGCAUGUCGUUGAAAAUGCAGAAAAACAACGAACACUCUCAAAGAAUAAAUAACGCUGCUUUUCAUUUUUAGUUUGAAUUUUUUCGAGUUGUUGU